AAAUCAAUGAAGCCAGUCAAACAAACGGGGCUGGGCUGCUCGAAGUUGGGACAAUCCACGGAGGUUUUUCUGUUCAUAGUCGACGACAAAAAGGAUAUGUAUACAGCUAAUAUGUAUAGCUUCUUAUUGUUGUGUCCUUUAGCGGAGUAAGGACGAUAUCCAAGUCGAAUAAUUGUCUACUUAUAUUCGAGGAGUUUGGUGUAUUUCGAGAGGAAAAUUGCAGCCUGAGUGAAGAAAAACUGCUCUCCAUAUAUUUCACCUGAGGAUGAUUUUUGCAAAUACUGGAAACCCACUAAGGACUCCGUAUCGCAAACAGCCACCUUUUUCCCCAUUGUCAUACCCAAUGGCUCCACCUAGCCCAAGCAACAACAGCAGCAGCAGCAGUAGCACUGCAGGCUGGGACCAGCUCAGCAAAACCAACCUCUACAUCCGAGGCCUGUCCCCUUCAACCACAGACCAUGACCUGGUCAAGCUCUGUCAGCCGUAUGGCAAAAUUGUAUCAACAAAGGCCAUCCUGGACAAGACUACAAACAAAUGUAAAGGAUAUGGCUUUGUGGACUUUGACAGCCCCGGUGCAGCUCAGAAAGCAGUGGCUGCCCUGAAGACCACUGGUGUACAAGCUCAGAUGGCGAAGCAACAAGAACAAGACCCGACAAACUUGUACAUCUCCAACUUGCCUAUGUCUAUGGAUGAGCAGGAACUGGAGAACAUGUUAAAGCACUUCGGCCAGGUCAUAUCCACACGCGUCUUGAGGGACUCCAGUGGAGGCAGCAGAGGAGUGGGCUUUGCAAGGAUGGAGUCAACUGAAAAAUGUGAUGCAGUCAUUUCUCACUUCAAUGGGAAAUUUAUCAAGACACCUGCAGGUGUUCCAGCACCAUCUGAACCUUUGCUGUGCAAGUUUGCUGAUGGUGGACAGAAAAAGCGACAAAGUCAGAAUAAAUUUGCCCUGAAUGGUCGCGGUUGGGGAAGAGACGGUGACUCCAGACUGGCCGGAAUGACACUCACAUAUGACCCCAGUGCAGCUGCUAUGCAGAAUGGUAUCCACAGGUUUUUCCCGCAGGCAUACAGUAUUUCAAACAGGAUGAUUACUCAAGCGUCCAUGUCCCCUUACAUGUCUCCGGUUUCAACAUACCAGGUGCCGAACACGUCCUGGAUGUCUCAUCAACCCUACAUCAUGCAGCACCCAGGCACUGUGUUAUCGCCCUCUAUGGACCCAUCUAUGUCACUACAGCCUACUUCCAUGAUGGCCCCUCUUGCGCAGCAGAUGAGUCAUCUCUCUAUGGGCAAUGCAGGAACGUUUAUGGCCGCCAACGCAGCUAUGCAAGGAGCAUAUAUCCCACAGUAUGCACACAUGCAGACAUCAAAUGUUGCUGUCGAGGAAAAUGGUGCACAGUCACAAGUGGAUUCAUCCGGCAAUCAUUCCCCGUAUUCCUACCAACAAACCAAGUAGUGCUGAGGUCGGGUUAGCAGGUCCAGCCCGCCCUUCCAGACCAAAUGCCACGCUCAGGAGCUGGCCACAUACAGCUGUUUCCUUCUAGGUUGUUUUGAAUACUUUUUGAUUUCCUUCAGACCUAUUUUUUUAUGAUGUAUUAUUGUAAUCAUUAGGGUGGGCGACAACAUGUUUCUACUCACGUUCACACAUUCAGUUUUUAAAAGAUCUGCUGCUUUUAUGCCAAUAGAUUCAGAGGCUGAUUUAAAAAAGACCAACAAUGACAACAAACAAAAGUGUCGUGGUGUUCACUGGAUCUGUGCUCCUUUUAAACGAACGUGUUUGUUGCUUUGUCCAGGGUCUACUCGCAGCAGCAUUUCCUCUCUCGUAAGCUCGGGUGUGCAACAAAAUGUAAAGGGCCGCUGUGAUUAUACUUGAGAUUUCUGUGUAAAGCCUGAGACUGAGAAGUAAUACUGUCUUGUGAGGUUAAUGCUGCUAGUGGUGUCUAAACCAAGUGCCAUAGUAUCUGGGUCAAGAGUUGCAGAGGUGCACAUAAGAAAAAUUGCUCAUAUAAGUAACCACCAUGUUGAACAGUCAUUAAGUUAUAUGAAAAAAGUUCUAAUUUAUGAAGAUUGUUGUACAGACAGCUUGAGGAAAUAAGAGAUUUUCAUAAAGCUAUAUGAAAGUUUAUUGUUUUUAUUUUUUUUUUUACUUGUGCCACACCAUUGCCAGUGGUAACUUGUAUGUACAGUUUAAGGAAUCUUUCCUCUGUCAUUUUGUUUUGUAGUGUUUGCUAAAGCCAAAGACUUUUGUUGUUUUCAGUAGAAUGUUGCCUAAGGUUUAUUCUUUUCAUUUCUUUGACAUUUUUGAAUAAAACUUUUCGAAAUUUUCAACUUUUAA